AUGACCAUCCUCUCCUCCGGACAGUCAGACUCCGCCGAUGCCAUCGCUGCCGCCGCAGGAUGCGCAGCAAAUCACACCGAGGAUAAGCCGUACCACUCAAAACGGCCUCACAAGAAGUCCCGGACGGGAUGCAAGAACUGCAAGACCCGCAAGGUGAAGUGCGAUGAGGCUCGUCCGACGUGUCGUAACUGCGUGCUCCGUAAGGCCAACUGCGUCUACCCCGGACCUUCCCACUCCCACUCCGACCACGCUCCGGGAUCGCCAUCUGGCUCCUCCCCCGGGCCCUUCUCACCGGCCCGCUCGCGGUCUCAUACGCCGCCGCACCACAUGGGCGGUGACGACGACUCCAAUGCCCUCGUCAUCCGGGAGCCGCUCUACAUCCCCGCCGGCGAUAGGGAUGUCAUCGAUAUGAAGCUGUUGUGGUUCUAUACUACCAACACCUUCACGUCGUUUGCUACGCAGGCUGGAAGAGUAAAGCGGAUCGACGAUAUCUUGAAGGUCAAGAUACCCGGUCACGCUUUUGAAAGUCCGUUUCUCAUGGACUGUCUGCUGGGCACAUCAGCCCUCCAGCUACAGCAUCUGAAGCAGGACAUUGCCCCCUCACGCGCACUACGAUAUCGUGCACGCGCCUUUGAAGGGUACCGCAAAGCCAUUGAAGAGGGCAAACCGGAAACCUUCCCCGCUCUCAUCGCAACCUCAUUACUUCUCACAGCCCUCUCAUCGCAAAUGUUCCGCGAAGAGGGCACAAAAGACCUGUACAUCAUCGACUGGAUGGUCGUCUGGCGCGGCAUCGGUCUCAUGAUCGACAUGGCCACACCCCAAACGCUAUGGGACUCGGGCCUCGCGGAGCUCUUCAUGCGGCCGCCCAUCAACCUCGACGAGGCUGCCAAGCACAUUCCCAACAACCUGCUCUUCAUGAUCUCCUCCAUUCAGCCGGGCGACCCGGAAUACAACGAUAUAUCAACCUACUACGACACGCUCAAGUACCUCGGCUCCCUCUACGCGGAGCUCGUCGCCGGCUUCGGCCCCAUCAUGACCCUCCGCGUCGUGACCUGGUUUACUUUCAUACCCAAAGGAUUCGUCGAGCUCGGCCGGGAGAAGCGGCCUCGGGCGCUCGUCAUCCUUUCCCACUACCUCAUGUUCAUGAAAGCAGUGCAGAACCUGUGGUGGAUCGAGGGCAUCGGCGACCGCGAGAUCGCAGGGAUCGUAAACUACCUGGGCGAGUCGUGGUACGAACAGCUCGCCAUGCCGCGUCUGGCUCUGCUGCUGGACGACCGCACCGACAUCGCGCGGCUCAUCCUCGGUGAUCCGGAGUGGGAGUCGCCCGUCGACUUUUACAAUGCCCCGACGCGGGAUCCGCGCACCGAGUUGCUUACUUGGGUCGACGACCACGGCAAGCGAUACAAGGGCAUGCCGCAACGCGUCGGGGACUUGAACCCCGCAGCCCCGGCGCCGCGCACGCUACCCUGGGAGAGAGAUGGCUUCCACAGGGACCCGAUGAUGCUCAGUCCCGCGGGACGGCGGUAUGCUGAGAGAGUGCUAGAGGCGAUCGACUCGGGAGUGCAGGACAUGAAUGUAUCCUGA